UUCAAGGGUGCAAAGUGGGAAUUAAGCCAUUAUUGGCCAUUCUUGAUUGUGAGUAAACAGAGUACUCACAAACCCCCGUGGACCUAAAACAGUAAACCGAGCUCAGGCCGAUAAACAUCCCACAUUUUCCGGCGAGUCCCGGCGAACCUCAGGCGGCGAUUCCCAAAACAAUGGUAACCGCCCAUCCAAUGUCUAUCCAAACCCUCAACUCCUACCUUCCCAAACUCCGCCCACCGCCGCCGCCGCGAAACACCAGAAUCAAACCCUUCGCCCAGAAACCAACACCACUCGCAAUCCUCUCAGACCCGCACGUUCUCCGCCUGGCGGAAACCCUCGAAGACUCCGUCGCCUCCUCCUCCUCCUCCGCCGCCCCCGCCGCCGCCUCCUCUCCUCUCCAGAAGCUCAGGGACAUCUCCUCCCAAUCCCUCCUCUCCACCACCUGGCCCUCUCGAAAAGACGAGUCUUUCCGAUUCACCGACACUUCCUUCAUUAAAAACUCCGAAAUCCAACCCAUACCCCCCUCACCCACCACCACCCAAUCCCUCGAUCCUUCAACCCUUUUCGCCGACACCCUUUUCCCCAGCCUCGCAAUCGUCGACGGUUAUCUCGUAAAAUCCUCGUCGAAUCUGUCCGAAUUGCCGGACGAGGUUUUCGUCGGUGCCUUGUCGACACUAAAAUCAGAUAAUGUAAUAACCGAGAGGGUUUCAAAAUAUGUUUCGGGUUUUGAAGGGGAUAUGUUCUGGUCUCUGAACGGUGUCGGUGCUUCCGAUGUGAUCGUUGCGUACGUGCCCGAGGGAAUCAAAGUCGAUACUCCAUUGCAUUUGAGAUUCUUUUCCGUGAAUGGGAGUGAUAAGGAAUCGAAGAUUCUGCCGAUUUCGAAUCCUAGGGUUUUGGUGGUGGUUGAGAAAGGUGCAGAGAUUAGUAUAGUCGAGGAGUAUAUAAGUGGAGAUGGGGAUAAUGACAAGUGUUAUUGGACGAAUUCGGUUAUGGAAGUUUUCGUAGGGGAUGGAGCGAAGGUCAGCCAUUCGUAUAUUCAGACACAGUCGUUUGGCGCUGCGCAUGUUAAGUGGACUUCGGUUCGUCAGGAGCGUAACAGUGCGUACGAGAUGAGUGAAGUGAGCACUGGUGGGAAAUUGAGCAGGCACAAUGUACACGUGCAGCAAUUAGGGCCGGAUACGGUAACCGAGUUAUCGACAUUUCAUUUGUCGAUCGGCGAUCAGUUACAAGACUUGCACAGCAAGCUCGUGUUGGACCAUCCACGCGGAUUUUCACGUCAACUUCACAAGUGUAUCGUAGCGCAUUCACUUGGCCAGGCUGUUUUCGAUGGCAAUGUUCAAGUCAAUAGAGAAGCACAACAGACGGAUGCAGGGCAACUGACGAGGAGCUUGCUAUUGAAGCCAAGAGCGACGGUGAAUGUGAAACCUAAUCUCCAAAUAAUAGCAGACGAUGUUAAAUGUUCGCAUGGAGCUGCGAUUUACGAUUUGGAAGAGAAUCAAUUAUUCUACUUUCAAGCCCGUGGCAUUGAUAUCGAAACUGCAAGAAGAGCUCUCAUCUUCUCCUUCGCGUCCGAGGUUAUUCAACGUUUUUCAGACGCUUCUGUCCAAAAGAAAGUCGAGACUCUUAUUAGAACCUUACUCGAUUCCACACUCUCUCCAAGGGAAGGCAAGUAAGGGUGAUUCAUAUACUGAGGUUCUUAAUUUUGGACAAACCGGUAAUGUAGACGAGAUCAGGCAGCAAAAGUGUGUGAGGAACAUAAAUCAUAAAUGUUGUCAAAUUGUAAUUUAUUUGCCGCAUGUAUUUUCUUUCAUCUUUCUUUCCAUUUUACUCAUGUUUCUAUAUUUUUUUUCUUCUGUAUGCUUGUGAUAAUUGAAGUCUGGAUUAUAGCAUUUAACCGAGACCAGUUACACAUAUAAUAUUGAAUUGUAAAUGUUUUUGAACAGUCUUUAUUUAUUGGGUUAUAUUUAUUGGGUUAA